AUGCCUCGCGUUCACGACCUUUGCGCCCGUAUUCAGAAUGGAUUCAGAGCACGACUUCAAACAAUGGCAAUACCCGAGACUAAAAUGAAUCUCGCCAUCGCCAACAUUCUUUACAAGGAGGGCUUUAUCUCCUCAGUAAGCCGCGGAAACCACAUUUCCCCCGACACAGAGUACACAGCAACUACUCCUGACAAUGUCGCCACUCGUCGCCUCUGGCUCAACCUUAAAUACAAGGAGAACAAGCCUGCACUCGAGAAACUGACUGUAAUCAGCAAGCCCGCCAAGAAGGUUAACUUCUCUGUCAACGAGUUGAAAAAUCUUGCCAACGGCCGACGAGCCCAGUUUAUCAAGCCUCUUCAACCUGGAGAGAUUGCUAUUUUAUCCACUAACCGUGGUGUAUUGGAAUUGCAGGAAGCCCUGAAGAAGAAUGUCGGUGGAGAGGUUCUUUGCCGUGCCAAUUAA